AAUUACAUUAAUCAUGAGCGGAAAGGAAAAUACUGCUCCUGUGAUAGACGAUCAGAAGGCCGAGGUUAUUUCACUUACGGAAGAUAGCAGACCUCAGAGAGUUGACCAGGCAAGGGAAGAAUCAUGCUGGAGUCUUGAUGAUUUUGACGUUGGACGGCCUCUCGGAAAAGGAAAGUUUGGAAACGUUUUCAUCUCUCGUGAAAAAAAGACCAAGCGAAUCAUAGCUUUGAAAGUACUCUUCAAAACACAGUUGCUUCAACUUGGAGUCAGUCAUCAGUUGAAGAGAGAGAUCGAAAUUCAAUAUCAUUUGCGUCAUCCGAAUAUUCUCACUCUUUAUGGAUACUUUCACGAUGACAAGCGUGUGUUCGUCAUUCUCGACUAUGCCAGCAGAGGAGAAUUAUUUAAUGUCCUCCAAUCACAACCUGGACACAAAGUGAAUGAGGUCAUUGCCGGAAGAUUUGUGCGACAGCUGGCCAAUGCGUUGCAUUACUGCCAUUCGAAAGGAGUUAUUCACAGAGACAUUAAGCCUGAAAAUCUUCUUCUUGAUUCGAAGCUCAAUCUGAAGCUUGCCGAUUUCGGAUGGUCCGUCGUUGCUGAUCACUCGAAACGCCAUACAUUGUGCGGUACCAUGGAUUAUCUUGCUCCGGAAAUGGUUUCCAAUCAGCCACAUGACUUUAAUGUUGACAUUUGGGCAAUUGGAAUUCUUCUCUUCGAAAUGCUUGUUGGAUAUGCUCCGUUCGCCAAUCAAACUGGUGAUAAAUUGAUCGCCAGAAUCAAGGAGUGCAAGAUUUAUAUUCCAAGUGUUGUGACUGACGGAGCUGCCAGUUUGAUAAAUGCAAUAAUCAAAAAGGAACCCCAAGAACGUCUCCCACUUGUUGACAUCAUGGCUCAUCCGUGGAUUAAGGAAAUGAAGCAACGCGAAGACAUUGAAGUUCCACUCUUCAUUUCGACGCUCACGAAAUCCAGUCGCAAUAAUUCUACAGCCAAUCAAUAAAAGCUCUGUCUAUUGUCCAUUAAAGUCUCAACCUUUUCUACUUGUCUUUCCAAACAAUUAUCAUCUGCACUUUCCCUUCUUUAGAACCGUAUAUCAUACGGCUACUAACUUCUUAUUUUCGCUAAUCCAUUUAAGCAAUUUAUCCGUUUUCAUCCUUUUGUUUCUUCUCACACUGACAACGAGAAGGAUUUAAAUUUAUCUAAAUCAAUUAUUCUUUAUUUGUGUGUGUGUAAAAUCAUUAGAUUCCCGUGAAAGUACUGUAUCGUGUGUUCCCGUCUGCCCCAUUAAUUUUUUCCCAAAUUUCGCAUCCAAGUGUCUCGAUUAUCACAUAAACGAUGGUGCAC